GCCAGUCAAUCAAUUUGAAGGUUGAAAAGUAGGUGCAAUGGAGGGAGGGUUAACAAACCAAUCCAACGAUGUUUUUCGAGUAUAGACGAAGAAGACGACGACGACGACGCUGAACCGGCGAUGAAAGGCGUCUUCUCGGCGCCCGGCGAUUACAUCUACUUCAAGUCUCAGGUGCCUCUGCACAAGAUCCCUAUUGGUUCAAAGCAGUGGCGCUAUUAUGACUUCGGUCCAAAGUCCGUGCCUCCACUGAUCUGUCUUCCUGGUAUAGCUGGAACUGCUGAUGUAUUCUACAAGCAGAUUAUGUCUCUAUCAAUGAAGGGGUAUCGAGUAAUAUCUGUUGAUAUUCCACGGGUGUGGAACCAUAAAGAGUGGAUGCAAGCAUUCGAGAAGUUUCUAGAUACCAUCGACGUCCAUCAUGUACAUCUUUAUGGUACCUCUCUAGGAGGGUUCCUAGCACAACUUUUCGCUCAGUAUCGUCCAAGAAGAGUUAAGUCAUUGAUACUUUCCAAUUCCUUUUUAGAGACUCACAAGUUCUCAGCUGCAAUGCCAUGGGCUCCCAUUGUUGGUUGGACUCCAUCUUUUUUGCUGAAGCGUUAUGUUUUAAUGGGAAUUUCUAGUGGUCCUAGUGAACCAUUUAUUGCAGACUCUGUGGAUUUCGUGGUUGCACAGAUUGAAAGUCUUCACAAAGAUGACUUAGCAUCCAGGUUGCAUUUAGCAGCAGAUACCGCUACUGUUGGAUCACUCUCACUUUCCGAUUCUUUCAUCACAAUAAUGGAUACCAAUGACCAUUGUGCAACUCCUCAACAACUGAAAGAUGCGAUGAUUGAACAAUAUCCAGAGGCAAGAAAAGCAUACUUGAAGACUGGAGGUGAUUUCCCAUUUCUUUCGCGUCCUGAUGAAGUAAAUCUUCACCUACAGCUACAUCUGAGACGUGUUGGUGUUGAAGCUCAAACAAACAUGGUUUGUGCCGUUGAAAAGGAUAAUGGAGUUGAUAGCUCAGGUGAAAACCGCAAUGAGGGCCAAGAUGAUGAUGAUUCCUGGAAGGAUGCUGUUGAUGGUUUGAAUGAACAGGUGGAACUAGAAGGUGGAAAUGGCGGUUCAGAUGAACACGAUGAAAGAGACUUAGUGGGGAAUGAGAAGGAAGCGGGUAGGUCUGGGCCUUCUCCCAUGGACCCUGAAUCAUCAUCUACCCCACCAGUUAAGGAGGAAUCUACCAUUCUUGAUAAUGAUAAUAAUAAGAAUAAUACUAUGUGAAUUUUCCAAGCAUGAUUUGAAUUAAUAGUGUGCAUCACUUGUUGAUGGGAUUUUGUAUUCUUUCUCAUUAAUUCCAACAUGGAAGUUGGAACUUACAACUA